UCUUCACGUUUAUAGUAAGCCAAACCACCACUGUUACGCAAACACUACAUCCGUUUUAACAAUGGAUUUCUCUGAUGAUAUUUAUAUCAAACAAGCUCUGGUGUUGAAGGAAGUUAAGCAUGCAUUCCAGAAACUUGUCAGUGAGGAUUCCAUGGAGAGUUUUCAUGUCAUUGACAUUAUCCAGAGGCUCGGCAUCGAACACCAUUUUGAAGAGGAAAUUGAAGCCGUUCUUCGGAAGCAACACUCCGUAUUUAGCAGUCAUCUCAAUGAUUUUGCCAAUGGCGAUAAACUUUAUGAACUUGCACUUCAAUUCCGUUUACUUAGACAAAGAGGUCAUCACGUUGCCGCAGAUGUGUUUGAUAGCUUGAAGAGUAAUAAAAGAGAGUUCAGAGCUAAAUAUGGUGAAGAUGUGAAGAGUCUGAUUGCCCUGCAUGAGGCAACCCAGCUGAGUAUCGAAGGAGAAGAUAGUCUUGAUGAUGCAGGUUAUCUGAGCCGUCAACUUCUUCAUGCAUGGUUGAAAAGACAUAGAGGACAUCAUGAAGCUAUAUAUGUUGCUAGCACUCUUGAGGAUCCACUUCACUAUGGCUUAUCAAGAUUCAGGGACACAGGUGUAGUUCUAAGUGAUUAUUACAAGACCAAGAAAGAAUGGACAUGCUUAGAGGAACUUGCUGAGAUAAACUCCUGCAUAGUUAGAAUGAUGAACCAGAAUGAAAUCGUUCAAGUUUACAAAUGGUGGAAAGAUCUUGGAAUGGUGAAAGAGGAGAAGUUUGCCAAGUAUAAACCUCUGAAAUGGUACAUUUGGCCCAUGGCAUGCUUCACAGAUCCAAGCUUUUUAGACCAAAGAAUUGAACUCACCAAAUCCAUCUCUCUGAUCUACAUUAUCGAUGAUAUCUUCGACGUUCAUGGGACAUUAGACCAACUUACUUUAUUUAGAGAUGCUGUCAAUAGAUGGGAAUUGGUGGAUACAGAGCAGCUUCCAGACUUCAUGAAAAUGUGUCUAAAUGUUCUUUUCGACAUGACCAAUGAUUUCGCCGAAAAGGUCUAUAAAAGACAUGGAUUAAACCCAAUAGAUACACUAAAAAGAUCGUGGGUACGAUUGUUGAAUGCUUUCAUGGAAGAGGCACAUUGGUUGAGGAGUGGUGAUUUGCCAAGGUCAGAGGAGUACUUGAAUGUUGGAAUUGUGAGCACAGGAGUGCAUGUGGUGCUUCUUCAUGCAUUCUUCCUCUUCGAUCAGUCUAUAAAUAUGGAAACUGUUGCUGUCAUGGAUAACUUUCCCCAAAUUGUUCACUCGGUGGCAAAAAUUCUUCGUCUAUCUGAUGAUUUGGAAGGAUUCAAGAAGGAAGAUGAGAAGGGUGUUGAUGGGUCAUACCUUGAUUGCUACAUGAAUGAGCACAAGCACAUUUCAGCUGAAGAUGUCCAAAACCAUGUUUGCCAAUUGAUUUCAUCUGAAUGGAAACGUCUCAAUGGACAAAUUCUGAUCCAAAAUCAAUUGCCAACAUCGUUUUCCAAUUUCUGCUUGAAUGCUGCUAGAAUGGUACCUUUGAUGUAUCAUUACACCACCAAUAAUCCAUGUCUUUUCAUCCUGAGGGAACAAAUAAAAAUGAUGGUUAAUGUGGAUUCUGACCAUACGUAGUUUCUAUAUGGUCAUGCUUUGCUUCACCAAUAAUCAGAGAUGUCAUAUCUCUUGUUUGUGGUUGGUUCGGAAGAAAUUACCCAAGUUUUUUAAAUGUAUUGUUAGAAAAGUUUCAUUAUCAUUUUGUUUCGCUAGGUAAUAUUUCUUAGGUCAUGUCAAU